AUGCCCGGCAUGCGAAACGAAAAAAACCUCCGAGUGCAGCGCAGCUACCAUCCCAACUCGGCAACCGGGAACGUCCGCGACCCAGACGUCAGGGACUUUUUGCCGUGGGCCAAGAGUGGCUAUGCGCAUGCCGUGUUGUGGUCCGUACGGUGCAGUGCCGUAAUAUCGCCUGUUUGCUUGCUGUUCAGCCCACCCACCAUAUGGGGUGAUGCUGUUGAAACUGACCGUCGUUCAUGUCACAGAGUAUCAUCGUCCACCAAGGGACCGCGCUACGGGGAGCCGUCGACCUCUCCAGUGACGCCGUACUUUGGCGAUCCUGUCAGGCGACGGCUAGUCGUACGCCGACUUGGUCUGGCCCGGCUCGCUCGCGCGCCCUAG